CCGAGAUCUUCGGUUUCCUCCCACACUCCAAAGACAUACAUGUAUGUAGGUUAAUUGGCUUGGUAAAUGUAAAAAAAUGUCCCUAGUGGGUGUAGGACAGUGUUAAUGUGCGGGGAUCGCUGGUCAUCGCAGACUCGAUGGGCCGAAGGGCAUGUUUCUGCGCUGAAUCUCAAAAUAAACUUCUUUAUCGAGCUCCUUCCGAUUCUUGGCAUCAAAUGCCAGCUCCCUCCAUGUGGACGGGCUGAGAACCUAUUCCCAGCCCUCUCUCAACUUGUCUCAUGGAGCACAUAUUAGCAAAAUGCCUGUACUGCAGUUCCUGGCCUGUGACCAACUUCUUCUCAUGAGAGUGCAGCUGACAUUGGGAGUUUACUCAGUUCAUAAUGCGUACACUACACCAUAAUUAUUUCCAUUUGUUUUCAGACGCUUCGCAUUGCUUAGAUGAUCUGCACCCCUAAUCAAAUCAUCAGGUUGAAUGACCUGCUGGUGAUUCCCCAGCAGGUUUAGUACACACAGUUAUUGUCUUCUUACAUUGCGUUAAAACCUAUGCUGCAUGACGUCCCUCCCUCUAGAUUUCCCUAAAUGCUCCUGCCAACCAUGUGUCAUCCGCCCACUGUGCUUCAUUCCAAAGUUCCUCUUUUCACACAGAACCAAAAUUAUAAAUCUUCCUGGAAGUGCUGCGGUCUCCACAGAUGCAGUCAUAGAUUUCUGUCUCAGUUAAUGCCGAGAGUCCCCGAGAAACAGACCAAAAUGUUCACCACUAUGUUCUAUGUAUUCUGGGCAAUAUACAUUUGGUUAGAUUUACUGCCGGUGCCUGUGACUGGACAACCAAAUGGUACUAAUGGAGUAGACGAUGAUUCCAAUCCUCUUCAGCCAUAUUUAAUAGUGGCCAUUGCCUUGCUGGUGAUAGUUCUGUUGGUGUGUUUUGCAGCAGUCAUUGGAGUAGCUCUCAUCUAUUUUAAACUGAGUCAGAUCCAGAAAAUGCUGUCUGAAAAGGACGAUGAGACUUACGCACAAAUUGGCACACAUCUAACUCCUUUGGCGCAGAAACUAAGGAAGGACCAGGACUCGGUUAGCACCAGUGGAAACGUGAGGGGAAAUAACGGCAUUGUGGAAACUGGCAGUGAACAUGGCAUGGAAAGGAUGACAACCAAGUGUCCUUACCACAAUCUUCCUGAUGGAAUGGUCCGAGCCCUCUCACUGGAGUUUCCCAAUGAAGCAACACUUGACAUGGAUUCGGCGAGACAAGCCAACGGGGUCAGAGGGAAUAGCCAGUUGACAUUGAAUAUUUCCAAAUGUUCUUCGCCACUUUCCCACAACAAUGCUUCCAGGAAUGGUUCUCAGAGAGAGCUGAGCAAUUCCCAGAGGAACAUCCUUCCACAGACCAAAGAAUCGCCAACAUGUAUCCAUGCUCCAAACAAAAACUCCAUAGUUACCCAAACUGACCAGAAAGCUACAAAACGGCCCACGCCCCGGCCAGCAGCAAGCAUCCCAGAGCCGCCAUCUCCCGACUCCAGUAGCUACGCCAUUUAUGAUGUGCCACGGCCCUGCCUGUGCUCUUCAAUAUGCCAUGGUGUCUCCUGGCCUACUCCAGCUUCAGACUUCCAGCACAACCCUUUGAAGCGCUCUUUAAGUGAAAUUGGCCCGGCUGCCUUUGAAAUACCCCUAGAAAUGGUCCAGGAGAACAAGUACGCAGUGCCGAGACCUGUGACUUAUCCGAGCCAUAAAAACUACGAAACGGAAUUUAAAGAUCUGGAGAAAUCAUCGUCCAAGGACUCAGGUGUGCUUUCCUAUGUGGAUUCCCAAUUGCUGGAUUUGAUUCCCGAGGGGAACAAGUCUCAUAUUGACUCAAAAAAUAAUCUAGAGACCAAACAAAGACAGGUGGCUGACAAGGAAUCCAUUGAAGAUAAAAGUGUAUUUAUUUAACUUAAUUGUUAGCUAAGAAUCUUGAACGUACAGAAAAUAAGCCAUCUACGUGUCAAUUUCAAAGGGAAGGUUUACCCUGUACACUUUCAUACAGCAUUAAUGAAAGCAGCAUGUGUGAUUAAUUACCAGGCCAAAAUACAAUGAUUUCAUUUGCACAUUUAAUUUAUUGCUAUCCAUAAGUUUAACAUUCUAAUGUGAAUGUUAGUGAAGGUGAACCAGUUGACCAAUUUUUAUUCUGUAAGGGUGAUCAAAGUCAAUUGCAAAUAGAAAUCUCUGCAACUAGUAAUAAUUGCUUCUGUAAAAACAGGAAAAAUACAGUGCAUAUUGCAUAACAGUGCGGCGACGUAACUCACAUUGCAGCGGCCCCCUACAGCCUAUCUGUCUUUUUUUUAAAUAUUUUGUCUAGUUAAAUUUAG